CCCGAGAGGCCGUGCGCCCUCGGGGAGCGUCCGGGGAGCCGGGACCCCGUCCGGGCCGCGCCCCGAGUUUCCUCCUCACCCGCUGGGUUUCGAGCUCGAGGAGUCCGCCCCCUGCCGCCGCCCCGCCGUCUCCGUCGCGCUCCUCCGCGGAUAAAACGAGACCCCGCGUCCGGCGCGGCGUCUGCGGUGCUGGCGGAUUAAUUGAAUUCUUCAAAAUGUCAGGUGUAGUUCCCACAGCCCCUGAACAGCCUGCAGUUGAAAUGGAAAAUCAAAUCAAAUCAACAGAUCCGAGGCCUGACGCUCCUCCGGACUACACUUCUCAUUUCGUACCAGGGCCCCCUGGAGUAGCUGUCCCUCCACCUGCAGGCUAUCCAGGAGGCUUGCCUAUGGGAUACUACAGUCCACAGCAGCCCAGUACCUACCCCCUGUACCAGUCAACCAGCGGUACCCGUCCCAUCCAGUAUCAACCUGGAAAAUACCCUGGGACGAUUCAGCCUGUUCCAAUAACAUGGAUGCCAGGGCCAACACCUAUGGCUAACUGCCCUCCUGGUCUGGAAUACCUCACUCAGUUGGACAACAUACAUGUUCUUCAGCAUUUUGAACCUCUGGAACUGAUGACACAUUUUGAAACUAACAAUAGAUAUGAUGUUAAAAACAACUCAGACCAGAUGGUCUACCUUGUAAAUGAAGACACGGAUGACUUUACCAGGAAUGCUUAUCGGACACUCAGGCCCUUCGUCCUGCGGGUCACUGACUGUGUGGGCCGAGAAAUCAUGACAAUGCAGAGGCCUUUCCGAUGUACCUGCUGUUGCUUCUGUUGCCCCUCAGCCAGGCAAGAGCUGGAGGUACAGUGUCCUCCUGGCAGCACCAUCGGGUUUGUGGCCGAGCACUGGAAUUUGUGCAGGGCGGUGUAUAGCAUCCAGAAUGAGAAGAAAGAGAAUGUCCUGAGGGUGCGUGGACCAUGCUCUACCUACGGCUGUGGGUCCGAUUCUGUUUUUGAGGUCAAGUCCCUGGAUGGUGUGUCCCACAUCGGCAGUAUUAUUAGGAAGUGGAAUGGUUUGAUGUCAACCAUGGCGGACGCUGACCACUUUGACAUUCACUUCCCCCUGGACCUGGAUGUGAAGAUGAAAGCCAUGAUUUUUGGAGCGUGCUUUCUCAUUGACUUCAUGUAUUUUGAAAGAUCACCACCACCGCGUUCAUCAAGAUAAAGGCACAAAGCAAACCAUCAAUCAUGAUUAUUAAAAAUCUGGGGAAUAUUGGAUUAGGUUUACAGUCAAGGCUCAAGUAUUUGCAAAUAUAUUUCUCUACUUUGCAUGUUAUUUUUAUGGGACAUUUGUCAGGUAGGUCAAGAGAAUGAGUAUAAGAAUGCAAUGUAAACGUGUUGAGUCUACUUGGUAGACAAGGAGUUCAUCCUGGAAAGUGUAUUAGUCAUAUACAGAAUGGUCUUGAAAAUACUAUCAACAGGAGAUAAGGGGAAAUGAAUCCUAGAGUUUCACCUUAGUAGGUGGUGAAAUGGCGAGCUUUAAGAGUAGUCUUUGUGACAUGGCUUCUCUCCUCUCUCCUGUCCAUAAACGCAGUCUGUUAUAGAAGACAAACUUGAUUCCAGGGGAAAGAAAGACAUUUUUAGGUUUUAAAAGGAAAAGAAGGGGCAGGCAUAAAUACGUUUUAUAGAACAAGGAACAUUUUACUUGUCCACGUGGAAUCAAAACCAAAGGCGGUUUGCAGAAUGAUGCAAAGUUUAUUAAAAUUUCAAUGGGAAAUUUGAGUUUAUUACAAAACACACAUACACACAUAUUUCAAUCAGUUAUAAGAUUUAUAUUGUCCACAGCUGCUCCCCUGUUACUCACUGGGGAGGACUCAGGAUCUGCCUGCAAGGAGGCAGGACCUGAGUGUCGGAAGAAGAGCUGACCAGGCCACGGCCAGUCUAGAUCCCUGAGCAAGGCAGAGACACCAGUGCCUUUCUAAGAAGCUUGCACUUAAUACGCUUACACCUAAUACAUUUAUACGCGUAAUACAGAGCCUCUCUUAGUCACAGAUGCCUUAUAUAUAAAACGUGUCUGGCCAAAUCUCUAAGAUUGCCUAUUGAACUCUUGUAUCUCACUGGACGUGAUACAGAAGAGGUGAUUGUUUUUCUCUUUCGAGCAGAUCCCAGUAAUCAUCAGUCUGUUCUAAUGGCACGAAUUAGAGUGAUGUUGUUAGAUUCUGAAAUGUGACAUUUUGUGUAGCACUUUUU